AGCAAAACAAAGGAAACAAAAAAACGCAUCAAUCUGAAUCAGAUCUGCUCAGGGUGUUCGGAGCUCCGGAGAAUCAUGGCGGCGGCGAGACAACUACGCGCUCUCCAAUCCCACCCCGAAAACAAAGUAUGCGUCGAUUGCGCACAGAAGAAUCCGCAAUGGGCCUCGGUCUCAUACGGAAUCUUCAUGUGCCUGGAGUGCUCGGGGAAGCACCGGGGACUAGGCGUCCACAUCUCCUUCGUCAGAUCCGUCACCAUGGACUCAUGGUCCGAGAUCCAGAUCAAGAAGAUGGAAGCCGGAGGCAACGAGCGGCUCAACAGCUUCCUAUCGCAGUACGGAAUCGCCAAGGAGACGGAUAUCAUCUCCAAGUACAAUUCGAACGCCGCAUCCGUGUAUCGCGAUCGGAUCCAGGCCUUAGCUGAAGGAAAGGCGUGGAGCGAUCCGCCUGUUGUUAAGGAAGGAGUGCAUAAGAAGCCUCCGUUGGCGGCUCAGGGCGGUGGCGGUGGCGGUGGAGGAGGGGGAUGGGAUAGUUGGGGUAAUGAGGAUUCGUAUAGAUCUGAUAUGAGACGGAAUCAAUCGGAGAAUGAUUUUAGGGGAGGAGGGGGAGGUGGUGGUGCACGUGCCAAGUCGAAGUCGUCGGAGGAUGUUUACACGAGGUCGCAGCUUGAGGCUUCUGCUGCGGGGAAGGAGAGUUUCUUCGCGAGGAGGAUGGCGGAGAAUGAUUCUAAGCCUGAAGGGCUUCCUCCUUCGCAAGGAGGGAAGUAUGUUGGGUUUGGAUCGAGCUCGGGUCCUGCUCCGAGGAACAAUCAGCAGGAUGAUGUUUUCUCUGUUGUGUCUCAGGGAUUUGGAAGAUUGUCUAUGGUUGCUGCAUCUGCUGCAAGUGUUGUUCAGACAGGAACCAAGGAGUUCACUUCCAAGGUGAAGGAAGGUGGGUAUGAUCACAAGGUGACCGAAACUGUAAAUGUAGUAGCGACUAAGACAACAGAGAUAGGACACAGAACAUGGGGGAUCAUGAAAGGAGUAAUGGCAAUUGCGACACAGAAGGUCGGAGAGUACACUAAAGAAGGAACAACAAACUGGAAUCAGCACAAUGAAAGUGAAGGAAAUGGUUACUCCCAAACCUAUGGAAGUGGGAACAAACCAGCAAAUCCAUCUUCCGGAGGAGGAGGGUCACAGUCAUCAUCAACUGGUCAUUACAACAAUUCGCAAAAGUCAAAUUCGUGGGACGAUUGGGGAGAGAAUGAGACUCCGAAGAAGAACGAAGCAGUAGCUCCAAAGGGGUCAUCUGCUUCUAAUGAUGACGGUGGCUGGACCGGUUGGGAUGAUGGGUUUGAUGGUCAUUACCAAAGUGCUGACGACAAGAAAUCUGUUGGUCACAACGGGAAACCAGACACAGCUUGGACUGGUGGAGGUUUUCUCUAAGGGCAACCAAUCUUUGUGUAAGCUCCAUAGCCGAUUGUUUUUGCUAAAGAUUCUCACAAUUUUAAUUUAUAUUCAACUGUAAUCACAACCAAACAUUCUUUUUUAAUUCCCCAAAACUGUCUUUCUUGUUC